ACGACAAAUGCAAUAAAUUAUGAAGUUUCUGUAAACAAAAUUGACCUUCAGAAAAAAGGUCUAGUUGAGACCAAAUCACCAAACUCAAGACUUUUGUCAUUCAGCUUUUGGGAGAAAGAGAAAGAAAAACAAUAAAUCAUGCAAAUGGAAAUUACUGUGCUUGUUUUAAUUUAUCAUGCGAUUAAUCGAUUUAUAGAUUUGUUGUUUAUUGCGACGGGCCUAUCUGAAAGGUCCUCUACCCUUGACAUUUUUUUGUAACGUCCUGCCUACAAGAGAAAUGUGAGAACUUCAGCAACUACUGGAGCCUGGGAAGACAAACACAAACUCAUAUAUUCUGUGAUGAAACAUAAGGACCAGAGUGUUAGCCCUGGGGAUCCUGGCGGCAAUCCACCGUCUUUUAAUUACAGGAAAAAAGCAAGCAAAAGCUGCUUUUGAUUGUUUCCGCCUGCAGUCUGAAUCCCUGACAAACAUUUUAAUGUUUGAGUAAAAAAAAAAACAAAAAAAAAAACGACGUGAUUUUUCUAGUUCCUGGAAUUCAGGAACCAGAAAAAGUCAUUAGAUUGUGCUGCCACCUUGUGUUGGAAUGCGGCCUCUACCUACAUUUUUUCAGGGACUGAAAUCAUCAGUGUGGUAAUGUACAGAACUCCUGUGCUGUUUGCGUCCUGCUGGACACCAGCUUUACAGAUACUAAACAAAACAAUGGCAGAAAAUUCAUCAGACUCAGUCAGAUCCACCAUGACGGACGAGAAUAAUCACUGAGCGUCUUCCCUUUGACCCGUCCCUGAUUAUUUUGCUCAACAAAUAAGUUUACUCAUUUUUACUAAACAGAUGCGCCAUGUGAGCAAAAUCUAGAUGAAAGUCAUUAUUUUAACACUGGUGAUGCGUUCGUAACUUUUACCUGACACACCUGUGCCUCCUAUUAAAUGUUUUAUUUAUUUAUUUAUUUAUUUAUUUAUUUAUUUAUUUAUUUAUUUGUUUGUUUGUUUGUUUGUUUGUUUGUUUGUUUGUUUGUUUGUUUGUUUUUAUUGUUUAAUUUUAACGUUUCCAAUAUUUCAGGUAAAUGAAGCCUUUUUUAAUUUCUGCUCCCAUAUAUCCAACAGAAAAAUGAGGUUUCUUUUCAAACGAUCUGCUUCUUUAAUCAGAAUUCAUUUAAUUUGGAGAGGAAGGCUACGCUCAUACGGCAGCCUAACUUGACCCAAACCCGAUUUUUUUUCUUUUCUUUUUUUUUAUUUAAUGCGACCUAUUUCUGAUCUUUUCAUGUCAAUUUGAACAGCACAGAUCAGUUUUUUUUUUUUUUUUUUUUUUUUUUUUUCAAAUUCGACCCACACUACCUGUCCUCUACAGCGUCCAGGUCGCAUUCCUCCGACCUGAACGUCAUUGAUACUGGACAGACGUCACGUCACUACUCUGCUUACUGAUACGCGCGCAAGUCGGAAGAAAAACAACAACCAUGGCGGAUGAGGAUUAAGUUUUUAAUGUGCUGGCUCCGGUCUUACAACUUUAAAAUCGUAAGAUUAGCAUCCACGUUUACAUCUGCAAACACUGAGCACUUCUUUUUUUUUCUUUUUUUAUUUCUGACAAAACUGAGCACGCUCUCUAUGUGUGACGUUAUUAUGCCCUCUACUGCGCAUGCGGGACACUUUUGUAGUUCAGACUGGAGAUCACAUACAAGUCGCAUAUAUUUUCAAGUGUGAACGACCACGCGGAAAAAAAAAAUCAGAUUUCAUAAUAAAUAGGAUUCAGGUUACAGUGUGAACGUGGCCUAACUAUCUUCAAAAUUUGUGUUUGUAAUGCCAUCUACUUUGCAGCAGUGAGCCAAAAUGUAUCGUCCUAAGCCGACUCUGAGGGACCGACAGCACCUGUACAGGCUCAUCAUCAGCCAGCUGCUCCACGACGGCUACACCAACAUUGCCAACAAUCUUAUCAAUGAGGUGAAGCCGCAGAGCGUCGUGUCGCCUUCUGAGCAGCUGAUGCAGCUGGCAAAGAUUGGGUUGGAGAACGACGACAGUGCCGUCCAGUAUGCCAUCGGCCGCUCGGACACAGUAGCACCUGGUGUUGGCAUUGACCUAGAGUUUGACGCGGAUGUCCAGACGAUGUCCCCGGAGGCGUCAGAGUACGAGACCUGCUACGUCACGUCCCACAAGGGUCCUUGUCGCGUGGCCACAUACAGCCGGGACGGCCAGCUGAUCGCCACAGGCUCAGCUGACGCCUCCAUCAAGAUUCUGGACACGGAGCGCAUGCUGGCUAAGAGUGCCAUGCCCAUCGAGGUUAUGAUGAACGAGACGGCGCAGCAGAACAUGGAGAACCAUCCUGUCAUCCGUACGCUUUAUGACCAUGUGGAUGAAGUCACCUGCCUGGCCUUCCAUCCGAGUGAACAGAUUCUAGCAUCUGGCUCAAGAGAUUACACCCUGAAACUGUUCGACUACUCCAAGCCCUCCGCUAAAAGAGCUUUUAAAUAUAUCCAGGAAGCAGAAAUGCUGCGUUCCAUCUCCUUCCACCCCUCCGGGGACUUCCUGCUGGUGGGAACGCAGCACCCUACGCUGCGCCUCUACGAUGUCAACACUUUCCAGUGCUUUGUUUCCUGCAACCCACUGGACCAGCACACGGACACAAUCAGCGGCGUCAGCUACAACCCCACCGCCAACAGCUACGUCACCUGCAGCAAGGACGGCAGCAUCAAGCUGUGGGACGGCAUCUCCAACCGCUGCGUCACCACCUUUGAGAAGGCGCACGAUGGAGCAGAGGUGUGCUCCGCCAUCUUCUCCAAGAACUCCAAGUACAUCCUGUCCAGUGGGAAAGACUCCGUGGCCAAACUGUGGGAGAUCUCCACCGGUCGAACCCUGGUCAAGUACACAGGGGCGGGGCUGAGCGGUCGUCAGAUGCAUCGCACGCAAGGUGUGUUCAACCACACAGAGGAUUACGUGCUGCUGCCCGACGAGCGGACCAUCAGUCUCUGCUGCUGGGACUCUAGAACAGCGGAGAGGAAGAACCUGCUCUCCCUGGGCCACAACAACAUCGUCCGCUGCAUUGUCCAUUCGCCCACCAACCCGGGCUUCAUGACCUGCAGCGACGACUUCAGGGCCCGCUUCUGGUACCGCCGCGCCACCACAGACUGAGCCUCGGCGGUGCCCGGUGCUCCGAGCUGCCAACUAUUUCACUUAGAGUUCAUUUGAAAAACGGGGAGUGGCCUUUGUUGGAACAUUUCUAGAGAAAAGCGGCAGCAUUCGUAAUCGCUAAACCUCAAGAGUAAAACGACUGGCCACCGCUUCCCUACAGAGCGAUCCGCUGAGCGUCGGCGUUUAAACUGAAAGUAGGAAGCAGGAAACAUCAGCUGUGUCAAUGUUUUUGUUUGCCCGAUGACCUGUACAUUUGCUUCACUUUCUUUUCUGUUUUUUAAAUGUAUUU